GUCGGAAUUCAGCGUUGAUAACUCUUUGGAUCUAAUUAGUAGAAUUAAGGAUUUACGAAUCCCAAACAACACUAUACUGGCUUCUUUUGAUGUGAGCAAUCUGUUUACGACAGUACCAGUCCCGCAGACAUUGCAGAUAUUUAAAAACAAGUUGAUUGAUUCUUCGAUGUCCGACGACUUGACUAAUUGUGUAUUCCAACUCACAGAAUUAUGCCUUCAACAAAACUUUUUCAACUUUGAAGGAGAAAUUUUUACACAAAGGGAAGGCUUGAGUAUGGGCAACUGCCUUUCCCCUCUCUUCGCAGAACUCUUCAUGUCAUAUUUCGAAAAGAAGCUGAUUUUCAUACCGAACAAUCCUUUCAAGGAUAAAAUUCUUUUUUGGUUCAGAUAUGUAGAUGACAUAUUGAUAGCUUGGAUUGGUAGUGAGGAAGAACUAAAAAAGUUCCAUGAGUGGAUCAAUAAACUUCAUAUGAACAUCAACUUUACAUUGGAACUCGAGUCAGAACGGAGGAUCAACUUUUUAGACCUUUCAAUUAGUAGACACCUAAAUAAGUUAACUUUUAGUAUAUAUAGGAAACCCUCUCAAACAUCCACCAAAAUCAACAAAACUUCAUGCCAUUACAUGGGCCAUAAAAUGGCGGCUUUCAACACAUACAUCACUAGACUGCUCAAUGUUCCUUUGAGUCAAGAUGCUUACAGUGAGGAGGUGAACACCCUGAGGUAUCUGGCAAGGGAGAAUGGUUACCAUCCGGAUGUCAUUGACAGGCUAAUUGACAGGAGAAGGAAGAAACAAGGCAUGAAAAAACCCCACUUGUCGACUUCAGAUCCUUCGAACAAUAAAUACUGCUGCAUCCCUUUCUAUGGCGGCAUUUCACAUAAAAUCGCCAACGUAAUUAGACAGAUCGAAAACUCCAAGGUAACAUUUAAAUCUGAUAACAUCUUGAGCCAAUUCAUAAUUAAGAAUAAGAGCCCUAUUGAUAACUUGGACAAACCGGGCGUCUACAGAUUGGAGUGCGGUGAACCAGGCUGCAACGUUGUUUAUGUGGGCAGGAGUGGCAGAUCCAUUCGAACGAGGACAAGAGAACAUCUAAAUAGUGCUAAAAAUCCAAACAACGAUAAAUCUAUCUUCGGUUGUCACAUAAGGGAAGAAGGACAUAGGUUCGAUAUUGAAGAGAACACCAAACUUAUUCAUCACUGCGAUUUUGGCUACAAACAGGAAAUUCUAGAGGAGGUAGAAAUCUUUAAACACCUUAAGAACACAGAAUACAGGACACUAAAUGCGAUGUUGACCAACAACGUGAAAGACACAUAUAAAAUCUUAUAUUGAUUCCCCCGGGGGACGCCACUGUAUCGUCGAGAAAAUUGAACACUUGAGUUAACCUUGGCUGGAAGAAGAAGAUUUUGUCAGCACGAACGUCAGUUUGUUUGUGUUUUGUUUUGUCUGUCUUUUCUUGUGUUUUGGGGUCCCAUAUUAUUAUGCCUUUUGACCGUAUACAUUUUAUUUUUAUUUUUGUUUUGUGACUUUUCUGAUUGAUGUUUAUCAUAUGACAAUGGAACCUUAAAAUCAAUCCUUGGUUUGAUAAUGGCGCAAGCCGAAACAUGUAACCGGAUGAUUUGAAUACAAGGUUCCACCACUGAAGUGCUUUAUAGACUUUUUUUCUCUUU